GGCUGCGGAGCUCCCUCAGUGCCCGCUAGAGCGACGUCUCCUUCCCGGCCCUGCUGCUUUUGCGCCGCCGCUGGGCGGGUGCGCGGGCGGCAGUGGUCCAGAGGCGCGGAGGGGACGAGAAGGCAGCGCCUCCGCAGGGCAUCAGCCGGGCACCUCUCGCCGCCUUCUCUGGCCAUGGCUGGGAUCGCCUUGCUCUUCCUCGCCAGCCUCCUGCUGGCGCCGGGCAGCGCCUUCAAUCUGGAUGUGGAGAGACCGACUGUUUACACCGGCCCUGCGGGGAGUUACUUCGGCUUCGCGGUGGAUUUCUUCGUCCCUGACCGCUCCUCGAUGUUUCUGCUUGUGGGCGCUCCGAAAGCAAACACGACCCAGCCAGGCAUUGUACAAGGAGGCCAGGUGCUCAAGUGUAACUGGAACUCCAACAGAGGAGACUGCCAGCCUAUCUUAUUCGAUCCAACAGGCAACAGAGAUUUUAAUGUAAAUGAUCCUUUGGAAUUCAAAUCACACCAGUGGUUUGGCGCAUCAGUGAGAUCUAAAGAUGAUAAAAUUUUGGCAUGUGCCCCGUUGUAUCACUGGAGAACUCUACAGAAAGCUGAGAGGGAACCUGUGGGAACAUGUUAUCUUCAUGUCGGGUCUAAAACAGUUGAAUACGCUCCCUGCAGGUCAACUGACAAUGAUGCUGAAGGACAGGGCUUUUGUCAAGGUGGAUUCAGCAUCGACUUUACCCAGGAGGAUAGAGUACUGCUUGGAGGACCUGGAAGUUUUUAUUGGCAAGGCCAACUAAUUUCUGAUCAAGUGGCUGAGAUCGUGUCGAAGUACAACCCCAAAAUCUAUACUACCAAGUAUGACAACCAGUUAGCAACGCGGUCGGCCAGUGCUGCUUUCGAUGACAGCUACUUGGGUUAUUCGGUAACUGUGGGGGAUUUCAAUAAUGAUGGCACAGAAGAUUUUGUGUCCGGUGUCCCAAGAGCAGCCAAAACAUUAGGCCUGGUGUCCAUUUAUAAUGGAAAAACCAUGGCAUCCAUGUAUAACUUCACAGGAGAACAGAUGGCUGCAUAUUUUGGAUAUUCUGUAGCUGCCACAGAUAUCAAUGGAGAUCAUUACGUGGAUUUGUUUAUAGGAGCCCCACUUUUUAUGGAUCGUGGUUCUGAUGGCAAACUUCUAGAAGUGGGCCAGGUAUCUGUGUAUUUUCAACAAACGUCUGGAGGCUUUCAGAGUCAGGUCAUGAAGCUGACUGGCUUUGAAGUCUUUGCAAGAUUCAGCAGUGCCAUUGCACCUCUGGGGGAUCUUGACCAGGAUGGCUUCAAUGACAUUGCAGUUGCUGCUCCUUAUGGUGGGGAAGACAAGAAAGGGUUGGUUUACAUCUACAACGGGCGAGCCACUGGAUUGAAUGGAGUGCCAUCUCAAGUCCUUGAAGGACAGUGGGCUUCAAAGGCAAUGCCACCCAGUUUUGGAUACUCACUAAAAGGAGAUACUGAUGUGGACAAAAAUGGUUACCCAGACUUGAUUGUGGGAGCUUUUGGUGUUGACAAAGUUGCCUUAUACAGGGCACGGCCAGUCAUUACUGUAAAUGCUGGAUUAGAAGUUACCCCAACUAUUCUAAAUCCAGAGAACAAAGCCUGCGAAGAAAAUGGCCAGAAAGUUUCUUGUUUUCAAGUAAAGUUCUGCUUAAAAGCUGAUGGCAAAGGAAGUCUUCCGAGGGAACUCACUUUCCACGUGGAGCUGCUUUUGGACAAACUGAAACAAAAAGGCGCCAUACGGAGAGCCCUGUUUCUCUAUAACAGGCAGCCGACUCAUUCUAAGAAUAUGACUGUCCCAAAAGGGGGCCGAAUGAGCUGUGAAGAACUCCAGGCUUUCCUAAGGGAUGAAUCUGAAUUUCGAGACAAACUUACUCCGAUCACCAUAUUCAUGGAAUAUCAGCUGGAUUACAAAACAGCUUCAGAUACCACUGGGUUGCAGCCAAUCCUCAACCAAUUUACUCCUGCAAACCUCAGCAGACAGGCUCAUAUUCUCCUAGAUUGCGGUGAGGACAAUAUCUGCCGUCCAGAUCUGAAAGUGACAGUCGACAGUGAUCAGAAGCAAAUCUAUAUUGGAGAUGACAAUCCUUUAACCCUAAUUGUCAAUGCCCAUAACCUAGGAGAGGGAGCCUACGAAGCGGAGCUCUUUGUCACCGUCCCGCCUCAAGCUGACUUCAUUGGCAUAGUUCGCAACAAUGAGGCAUUAGCAAGGCUCUCAUGUGCGUUUAAAACUGAGAAUCAAACUCGACUGGUUGUCUGUGACCUUGGAAAUCCUAUGAAAGCGGGAACAAAACUCUCAGCAGGUCUUCAUUUUAGUGUUCAUCAAGAAUCUGAAAUGGAUACCUUUGUAAAAUUUGACCUACAAAUACGUAGCUCUAACUUGUUCAACAAUGUAAGCCCGGUGGCAUCGUACCAGGCGGACCUGGCCAUCUUAGCAGCUGUCGAGAUCAGAGGGGUCUCUUCCCCUGAUCACAUCUUUCUGCCAAUUCCCAACUGGCAGCCCAAGGAGAGUCCAGAAACAGAGGAUGACAUCGGGCCUCUAGUUCAACACAUCUAUGAGCUCAGAAAUAAUGGCCCAAGUGCCUUCAGCAAGGUGAUGCUCAAUCUUCAGUGGCCAUAUAAGUACAACAAUAACACCCUUUUGUAUAUUAUGAAGUAUGAAAUUGAAGGGCCUAUGAACUGCACUUCUGAUAUGGAAAUUAAUCCAUUUAAAAUUAAGGUGUCAUCUCCCCAUGAUGAAAAGAAUGAAACAGUUCAUGGAGAAGAUAACCGUGAUCACAACAUCAACCGGCGGGACCUAAGUGCUGCUGAGGGCGAGGGCGAUGUGCAAACUUUGGGAUGUGGAACUGCUGAAUGUUUAAAGAUAUUCUGCCAAGUUGGUCGUCUAGAGAGGGGGAAGACUGCAAUUCUAUAUUUAAAAUCUCGCCUUUGGACUCAGACCUUCAUGAAUAAAGAAAACCAGAACCAUUCCUAUUCUCUCAAGUCAUCUGCUUCUUUCAGUGUUAUUGAAUUCCCCUACAAGAAUCUUCCCUUUCCUGAAGACGUCCAGAAUUCUACAAUAGUUACCACAAAUAUCUUGUGGGGAAUGCAGCCAGCACCUAUGGCAGUGCAAGCAUGGGUAAUUGCACUAGCUGUCUUAGCAGGAUUAUUACUUUUGGGCCUCCUAGUCUUUAUAAUGUACAAGGUGGGCUUCUUCAAGCGCGUGAGACCACCUCAGGAAGAACAAGAAAGGGAACAGCUGCAGCCUCAUGAAAAUGGAGAAGGGACAUCAGAAGCUUAAGCAGAGUUUAGCCGUGCCAUUUGCCAAAAGGUUUUACAGUGGCCAACAUCUUCAAUCCAGAACUGCACUGCAAAUGUCUAAAGUUAACUAUCAAAUGAGAGCAAUAUAUUCCCACUUCCCACUGAUUAAUGCCAUUCAUGUAUGUGACUAAUACAUGUGCAAGGAUAAGCAUAUUUUAGUGCCACAAUUCUGCUUAUCCAGCCCCAAAGGGCAAACAUUUUUUAAAGCAAAAGUUUAUUGAUUGGUACAACUUGAACUACUACAGACUUUGCAAGCUUGCAGCUGCUUCAUCUAUUAAUGAACUACAUGGACACUAAUUGAAGACCUGCUGUUGACCCUUCCCAACUGGACUUGUGCAAGGUACUCCGCAGCUCUUUGAAGUACUGAUCUGGCACUACACUUUCAAACCAGGAAUAUCUAACUAGGGGAAAAUGCAAUGGAGCGAUGCACAGCUCUGCUUCCGUUGUCUCUUCCAAUAAGCCUAUCACAGAAGAGGACUAUGCUGUCUCUGUACUAUGGUAUCAUUUAAAACAUUGCUGUCCACUUCUUUCAUAGGGAAGAUGUACUUUGGCUUCCAGAUUUUGAUGGGAGAUCUUUAGCCUCUUUUCUAGGUACUAAAACCCCAGUUCUGUGUAGCAUGAGGGAAGUGCUUGAUUUGUGCAAACAUUUCCUGAUAUUUUUUCUAGUCUUCUUGAUGAUUUCUGCACUUCAAAUUUCUGCACUUCAAAUUCUGUGCAAGGAAAAUAAAAUUUUGCAUUUGGAAUAAAUUAUGCAAAUUAUAUAUGGCUUUGCCUUUAGUUUGCAUAAUUAAUUCUGCUUUUCACAACCCAGGGUUUCAAAUAGCAUGGAAUUCCUGCUAGCAAAAUGAGGUUUGUCAGAGGAUAAGCAGGAAGAGGAAAGGCAGGGGAAGAAAUUGUUUGAGUGAGAUGCAAUUGUAGCAAUGGCAAGUGUUAGGAAGAUGUGCAGAGCAGUAAAGGUACUUCACUACUAAAAACCCAGCUCUACCCCACCCUAAACAAUGCCCCUUGUAGACAUGUCCCACAAUUAUUUGUGCUUCUCCACAAGUAUGCAAGUAGAAACCUGUUUCUCCUUCUUUUUAAAAUUAAAUGUAAGUUGUUGAAGAGGGCCAGAUCUUGGAUUUUGCAUUUGUAAUCAUGCAGCUAAAUAAAUCCCAGUAUAGAACUAAGGUGCAGACAGGUGGUAGGAGUAGCCAAACAGUCCUAACUGCAAUCCAGGGGCGACAGGAAGGGUCUGUAUAAUGCCGUCUCUGUUGGAGCUCCCUCUUGGACAUUGCAAUACAUUUUUAAAACUCACAGUAGCUGAAAACGGUGGAGUAAUGGAAGGAAAGAGCUUUCUUCUGGAAUAGCUGUCAGGAAACCUGUAGCUGCAUAGCCCACUGAACUGUUACCAACAAAGAGCCUUAAGGACUGAUUUAUAAUAUUGCAGUGAAUAAGAGUGUUGCCAUGCAUUUCAGAGGCUGUGGAGCACAACUUAAGGUUUCUGGGAUUCUUGCCAGGAUUUGCUUUAUGCAAGGAAGCCUAAAGCUCAGGGGAGAUCACUGUCCAGGAACUGAAGCUCUCUCAUGAACAGCUUUUCAGGAGAAGAGAGACUAUUGAGGCCAAGCACAAAACAGCAACUGUAAGGUUGAGUCCUAAGGCUUGGUCUUGGGCACCUGGUCUUUCCUUCCAAGUGCCAUAUGACUAUCUACUGUGAAAUUGAAAGGGUAUGUCUUUGUAUAGCAAUAAAACUGUUGACUGGGACUAUAAAAGCAUCUGCACUUAUCAAAGGUGAUUUAUCCAAGUUGUGUUGUUCUGAAUCACUGAGAAAUUUUAUCAAGUUUCUUAAUCUAUAGUUUCAUAAGGAAAAUUAUUAAAGGACUGAAUUCUAUUGAUUAC